AUGUUGGUGGUGGAUAUGGCAGUGCUCUCUACGAAUACUCUGCCACUAGGGUUCAGAUUUAGGCCUACGGAUGAGGAGCUUAUUGAUUAUUAUUUACGCUCCAAAAUCAAUGGCAAUCAUAAGCAAGUCACUGUUAUUCGUGAAAUUGAUGUUUGCAAAUGGGAGCCGUGGGAUUUGCCUGAUUUAUCAGUGAUACAGACAACGGAUCCAGAGUGGUUCUUCUUCUGUCCACAGGACAGAAAGUACCCAAAUGGGCACAGGUUGAACAGGGCUACAGGUAGAGGGUACUGGAAGGCCACUGGCAAAGAUCGUCAAAUCAAGUCAGCAACAAUCUUGAUUGGAAUGAAAAAGACCCUGGUCUUCCAUACUGGUCGUGCUCCUAAGGGUAAGAGGACCAAUUGGGUUAUGCACGAAUACCGCACAACACAAAAGGAGCUUGAUGGCACUAAUCCUGGCCAGAAUCCCUUUGUUCUUUGUCGUCUGUUUAAAAAACAAGAUGAGACUAUCGAAGAUUCAAACUUAGCUGAAGUUGAACCCACAGUUUCAUCCUCUACUGCUGCCGUAGCAUCACCAUCAUUUGAGAGAAAUGAAAAGCCGACUAAAGUAGAAUGUACCAUCGCUGAUUGUUCAAAUGGGAUGGAACCAGACACUCUACAACCUAUUGAGUGCCCUAGCAACAGCUAUAAUGGUUAUGAUGCAGAAGAUCAACUGAAUGUGCCGCUGGAGGAAUUAGACAUAUUUUAUGAUCCCCCGCAACAGCCACUUUUUUCCCCACUGCACUCGCAGAUGCAAACGGAGCUCUAUUACUGUGGCAGCAAUAACUUCAACAACGGUCAUCAGGGGGUGAAGUUUCAAUACGGCACCAAUGAUCAAGAUGCAGAUAUUUCUGAAUUCUUGAGCUCAAUUUUUAAUAGUUCAGGGGAGCACAGUGAUGUAGAUGCAAAAGUGGCAGUACCAUGCGAGACAGAGUUUCAAAAUCCUGUUCAGUCUGAGGGGAAUAUUGACAGAAAGGGUCCAGUGCAGAAUGAGUCAACUCGAAUAGAUUGUGACCAAUCCUCAAUGUUUCGGGUAACAAGCAAUCAUUCAAAUGUAUUUCUUACUGGAGACGCUGGGACUGGAAUCAGGCUUCGGGCUCGCAAAACACAAAAUUUAACUAGCACCGAGAACUUUGCGAGGCAGGGUGAUGCACCAAGAAGACUACGGCUUCAGCGUAAAGUACUCUACUGCAGCAAUUUGUCUAAAGAUUGGAACUGUAGACCAGAAGACCAAGAAACAAAACCAAUGGCUGUGGAGGAGAUAAGAGAUACUGAAGAGAAAGCUGUUGAUGCUGCUGUUAGUGAUGCUGUUGAUGCUGCUACUGAUCCACCAAAAAAAGAAACCACGUCCACAAGACCAAACUUCACCCCAGAGGGCAGCAUUCUGACAGGCGAAAGGGUCCCUAAUGUGAUCUUGCAGGCCUCUCCUGCUGGUCAUUCUAUGUGGUCAUUUGCCUUUCUGUUUAGGGUAGUUGUUGUGGUUGCAUUCUUGUUCAUAAUGUUGCUAGCGUAUGGGGAUUUCAUAAGUUUUGAUGCUGCUGGAAGCCCAUUUACCGCGCGUAUGGCCUGA